CUCCCAGAAUGCACUCGCUACAGUCCCGAAACGUCCACACACACACAUAGCAGUUCUUCAACGCCUCCGUCGGAUGAGAGGAUCAAUUCUGCAGCACAGCGCCGUUACAAUUUGCAAUGGCUGCAGCUUUGUCCCGUGCUCUCAAAUUGCCUGGGAAGAAGGGCUCGGAGCUUGGAGAGUAUGACCCCCUCACUCAGGCCGACAGUGAGGACGAGAGCGAGGAGGACGACCUGGUCCUCAACUAUCCCCGCAAUGGCCUGGGGAGGGGCAACUGCAUGGGUACAGGUACCUCAGAGCUGAGAGGGAGCAGAACAGGGAGGCUCGUAGGGGAUGAAGAGGAGGCAGAGGAGGAAGAGGAGGAUGACGAUGCGUGGAAAGAACGGCUCCCUGGAAAAAAGAGGCAGGAGAGAGAGGAGAAGGGCAUGCAGUACUGGAGCCAGAGGGAGACAAACAGGGAUGAGGGAGUAGAGGAUGGAGGGGGGCUUGGGGCCUCUGGUGGCCCUGGAUUGGGUGUCAGUGCCAGUGCUGACCCGGACGGGAAGAAGGCUAAGGUGAGGGGAGCCAUCCGGGCAGCGUUUUUCCUGGUGCCUCUGGUCUGUGCCAUGCUGGUGGUGCUGCUGUGUGCCUUUCUGGUGCCUUGUCAGCAUGGGGAACUGGACAAACGGCCACAGUGGGAGAAAGAGCUGGGUGAUCAUGUGGGAGGUGUUACCCCACCUCCUCUUGCACUGUGGGAUGUUGACAAUGACUCAGUUGAGGAUGUGCUAAUAGGAGUCACUCAAAAGAGCAACAAUACCCAUCUCUCCCGUUCUGUGGGGAACAACAACGAGUACAGUGUGGUGGCCCUAUCUGCAUUCAGUGGUGAGGUGCUUUGGAGGAGGGUCCUCAGGGAUCCUGUGGAGUCCAUCCAGUGUGGGCUGCAGUACGAAGCCCACCCAUCACCACUGCCAGCAGGGGGCGCUGCCCUCAGAGCCCUCCCCAACAGCGCCAUUCCCCUAUCUGCCCAGAGAGACCGAGCUAGCGGCCCCGUGUGUCUGCUCAUCGAGUCUGCACACCUCACUGCUGUCAACGGCACCACAGGGAAGAAGCUGUGGUCGGUAGCACCAGGGGAGAUCCAGUCCCAGGCAGUUUCUCUGCCAGAUCUCCAAGGUGACUCUGUUCCUGACUUACUGAUUGCCACUUUACCUGCUGACCAGGUGUCUGACCUCUCACUGCUCCUGCUGUCUGGGCUGACUGGAGCUCUGCUUGGACAUCCCGUGACCUUUAACCUCACAACCUUUAAUGUCUCUGGAAAGCUGAUUGGUCCCCUGUUUCAUGAGACACAGCUGGGGGCAUAUUACAUUAUAUUUGGACUAGGCACUGUAGAGGCUGUAUCCCUGGGAGAUAUUUACACUCGGGCUACUGGAAAAACACCCAUAUCCCCUGGUCUGAGACUGAAGGACCCCGGCUGGGAGAAGCUUAGGAAAACCAACUCCUCCCUCAUACACAUCUCCAGUGGAACUGAGCAAGUGGAGUUCUUGGUCCCCCUAGUGGCUGGCUUGUGUAACAACCACAACAGCCUGGACCCUAUCUCCAACCUCAACUCUAGCCGCAGUGACUGGGUGCUGGUGUGUGGCAAGCUCUCCAGCAAGCUCUCUGUGCUGAGAGAGAAGGACGCACACACCGAGUGGACUCUUACCUCCUCAGCCAUACACAGUCGUCCAGCACCAGGCCAAUUCAACGAUGAUGGAAUCCCAGAUCUCCUCAUACAGAAGUCUGGCGCCCCUAGAAUGAGAAAAGUUCAGGUGGUUGAUGGAGCCAGUGGGCGUAGUCUGUGGGAGACAGAGUUUAUUUGUCCACGCCUUGACCUGGAAGGUACCUCAAUCAUGACAUCUGGUCAAUCAGCUUUCCUUUUCUGGGCCGGUGACCCUGUCAGACCACCAAAGAACCUCACCAAGACAACUGUGGCACCAGGAGCGGUUCAAGCCAUGCCAGUCAUCCGAAAGCUCUACAUGUUACAUCCUGCAUAUCCCACAAUCCUCCUGGAGCUCGCCAGCACCACAGACACCAUUCUUACUGCUGCAGUAAGUUACCAGGAGCCGCAGAAGGAUGCCUCCUACAUUACUGUGUCCUCCCGGCCUACCUCUGGCCUGGGGCCUGGGUCUCGGGUGGUGAAGAGCACGAGCCUCAGGGCAGCAAUCACUGCUGGACAGAUUGUGAGGCUGGGAGAGAGCAGCACCGCAGGGGUACCAGUCAGACCUGGAGUAUUUGAGAUAAACAAGUUCUUCAGGCGUCUCACCUUCAAAAACCAUUAGGUAAAAAGUUGAGGGAACAAGAGGAGUUAUCAUUUGCUGGUUCUACAUGAUCCGAGGGAAACCACUGGCGGGACCAAACCUGUGGAAACACCAAGUGAAGGAGAUUUAUCUCAAGCUGUUUACAUUUCCACUUUUGUCCAAAGUACGAUUUUAAUUUCUAUUAUUACUCAUCUCACUUGGCUGAUAAAUAUUUAUUUUGCUGUAUUUGUAUUAUAUGUGUAUAUAUUAUGAGUUGACUUAUUUAUUUAUGACCAGUCCUUUUUAUUUAAUAUUGAAUUUAAUAUAUCAUUGACUAUUUACCUUGUUUGGGGUGAAUGGAAAUCAAAAUAUGUAAGUAAGUACAUAGAAUAAACUUCUGGAGAUCAAGCACAAUGAUUUGAAAGGUAGGGGUGUAGGUGUAAGGUGUCCAUUGGCACCUCACUCGUUUAGUAUAAUUUUAAUCUACAGAAUGAGAGGCAAUUACCCAGUUCAUUCCUCCAAAUACAUUCUUUCCCCUCUCAUAUGCACUUUUUUGAAUUAGGUAAUUGAGGUCUGUGUUCAAGCAGAAUUACCCAGUUAUGUAAAGGGGGCCUGUACAUAUUUUGGCUGUGGGGUAUGUUGAGCCAUUGUUUUACAUUCAGCAUCACUACAUCAAGAGAAAUACUGUAUUCGUUCCAACAUUGAUAUCUACAUAUAUUUCAGGAUGUUGUGUAUCCCUGAAAAUAAUCAGAAUUCAUGUAAACAUUUAAGUUUUGAAAACAGCUCAUAAAGAAUAAAAUGGCUUCUUGGCACAAUUUACCCUGGGUAUGCAUAGGGACAGGGUAGGUUGAGCUGCCUUGGGGUAAGUGGGUGCUGGUGCUGGUAGAUCAAAGUUUCAUUCAUGGAAUGGGGGUGUGGUAUUUUGUGUAUCUGAAAUGUAUGUCUACAAUCAGAUAUAGAUCAGUCUAUUCAAUAUCAUUAACACUUCCAUUUCAUGACCAGUUGUCAGGGACAGGGAUGUCGUUUCGAUGUGCCAAUUCAUAGGCAAGUUCUCUGCAUGAGGCUACAUAGCCCAUAAAUGCAAAAAAUAUAUCAAUAAUUGUGUACUAAGCCCACGAAACUGGUCCGCAAGAUUCUUGAUAUGUUUUGCAAGCUCAGACUGACAUCAGAUAAGACCUUGUGUGCCUCUGCUACUUGGUCACAUGAUUAAUGUUGUUGUAUGGUUUCUUAGAAACAAGGGGUGGAUAAUCUAACUUUUAUGGCUCAAUAUACCCCACUCUCCCCUACAGUAUUCAUUGAUAAGGUACUUACUGAAAGGUUUACAUUUCUUUAAUCAAUAACUAUUGUAGUGAUGAUACAUUAUUACCGAGUGCCAUGUGUGGUAACUGUGCAUCUUAUUGCUAUUGGUACUUGUAAAUAUUAAUAUUGCUGAAAUACUAGAAAACAUUUACAGAUCACAUGAAUAAAUAAAUGUACUGCUGCAAUUCUUGCUGCUACAAAUGUAGUGUUUUGUAAUACAACUGUACUACGGAUUCAGCUCCGUUCGCAAUAAAUUAUCAUAAAAACA